CCGGUAGUUGUUGUCCUCUGAUAUUUGGGCUCCGGUUGUACGGCGGUUCGUCCCGCUUUCGGGGGUGAAGUUACCGCCGAGGAGCCGUGACGGCAAAGUGAAACUUAGACCCUGGCACCGAGAUGGACAUCCUCAAGUCGGAGAUUCUGCGGAAGCGGCAGCUGGUGGAGGACAGGAACCUGCUAGUGGAAAAUAAAAAAUAUUUCAAGCGGAGUGAACUUGCAAAAAAAGAAGAGGAAGCAUAUUUUGAAAGAUGUGGCUAUAAGAUACAGCCAAAAGAGGAUGACCAGAAACCGCUGACGUCAUCAAAUCCGGUUUUGGAACUUGAACUAGCAGAGGAAAAACUACCCAUGACUCUUUCUAGGCAAGAGGUCAUCAGAAGACUGAGAGAAAGAGGAGAACCAAUUAGGCUGUUUGGAGAAACCGAUUAUGAUGCUUUCCAACGUUUAAGAAAAAUAGAGAUUCUUACACCUGAAGUUAACAAGGGCUUAAGGAAUGAUCUGAAAGCCGCUUUGGACAAGAUUGACCAGCAGUACUUGAAUGAAAUUGUGGGUGGUCAGGAACCCGGAGAGGAGGACACACAGAAUGACUUGAAAGUUCAUGAAGAAAACACGACCAUUGAAGAAUUAGAGGCCCUGGGGGAGUCCUUAGGGAAAGGUGACGAUCAUAAGGACAUGGACAUCAUCACCAAGUUCCUAAAGUUUCUUCUUGGCGUUUGGGCUAAAGAACUGAAUGCCAGAGAGGAUUAUGUGAAACGCAGUGUGCAGGGCAAACUGAACAGUGCCACCCAGAAGCAGACCGAGUCCUAUCUCAGACCACUCUUCAGAAAGCUCCGGAAAAGGAAUCUUCCUGCUGAUAUUAAAGAAUCAAUAACAGAUAUUAUUAAGUUCAUGUUGCAGAGAGAGUAUGUAAAGGCGAAUGAUGCGUACCUGCAGAUGGCCAUUGGAAAUGCUCCUUGGCCUAUUGGUGUCACUAUGGUUGGUAUCCAUGCCAGAACUGGCAGGGAAAAGAUUUUUUCCAAGCAUGUUGCACAUGUUUUAAAUGAUGAAACCCAGCGGAAAUACAUUCAGAGGCCUUCUGGCAGUGUUGUAUGGAAAGACAGUCAGAAGGAAGCCGAGAAGAAAAGUGGCAGCACCUCCCCUGCCAGUGCUUCUCCCAGACGGCCUCCUACCUCGCUCUGUGAGCACUGGCCGCUUCCUUCUCCCUGUGGCUUCCAUGGGGCAGGGACUGAAGAGGUUAAUGACAAUUUGCCAAAAGCACUUCCCUACGGACCCAUCCAAAUGUGUGGAGUAUAAUGCGCUAUGAGAUGCAUGCACACUGUGCACAUAACAUGUGCACAUAGCAAGGAGCCUAGGCAAGCAGCAUGUGGACUUCUGGACUUACCACCGCAACAAAGGAAGAGUUCCUCAGGAGAGUGCCAUCGGAUACAAGUCUUGUUGGUUUAAGAACCGUGUUGGUUUUCAUAUGGUAUUAGACUUCUAACAUAUUUAUGUGUGUUGUUUUCAUUUUAAUCAGUUGAAAAAUUAAGUCCUAAAGCUAUUAUCCAUAGUGUAGAUGUGUAGACAACAACCACCAGAAGGGGGUUUGAAAUGACCUUUCUCCCCAGGACCCAAAAUAUGUCAUUGGAUAAUUAGAAACAUUUGAGGUCAGGUUUAAACUUUCUGUAAAUUAUCGUGAUUUGCACAUUUUCCUCUUAUAUAGUAUUUACAGAAAAUAUUUUUUUUGUAUUUCAACAAAAGUGUCAUACCAUUGAAAUGUUCCUUUACAGUUCUUAAAUAUUUUGUGGACUUUUGUCAUCUUGCAAUAGAAUGUAAAUGCUACUGUUAAGUGUUAUUUUUUAUUGUGUUUCAGACUUGCUUUUGUUUCUAAGCAGAGUAUAUUUUAGUAUUUGUCAUCUUUCUGAACAGAUAGGGUUAAUAGAUAGAAGGCUGGAGAGCACAGACGGGCAAUUACACCAGCAUACGUUCAGAACACCAGCGCAUCCAGGUGAGGGUGAGGAGAUAGACAUUGGGGUCAGCAGAGAGUGGCAGCCUUAAGAUGGGAAAGCUGAAGAGGGUGGAGGUCCUGGCUUCGCCAUGCCACACUCGGUCCUCACUCCGAUCUCACCAAAUGAGGACUUGCUCAGUGUCGACCUUUGGUCAUUGUGCCCACUCCUGGCUGCAGCGCUGACAGGACUGGGUUGUUAGGUGACAGGUUGCGGGGAGCAUUAGAGAAGCAAGAGUGGUGGGCCACACGAGGACUGGCAGCUUCUCAGCUCCAUGCGCUGACAGAACAGCAGUGGACAAGUGCUUUCAUCUUACCGGGCUUUCGCUUCCUUCUCUGACAUUGAUAAGAGCACACACACCUCACGUCGUUAUUGUGUGAGUAAAAUGUUGAGCCUGCCGCCUGGGGGAGGACAAGAUAUCAUUAUUGCCUGGCAUAUAUUCUUACUACAGUGUAGACCAAGGGCCGUUAUGGGCCCUGCCCUGUGGCUACAGUGGGAUAGUAUGUACUUGUGUGGUAACAACAAUAAUGAUUGUAGUAGCAGCAAGUAGUAAAUGUGGAAUCGUUAAGUUUUGCCUGUCUUUACUUGCAUCUAGGUCCAGGUUUAGAGUUGCAGAGAAUGGGAGCCCAAGGCUGCUGGAGGUGGCUGAGAGUCACAGUUGCUAUGGUCCCUCUUUAGAAAGAGUGAAAGCCACUUUUGGCUUCUUGAGGUCCAAGGCUGUGCAUAGAUAGGACAGUCUCUGCCAGUUACUUGCAGGGAGGUAGGUGUCUGUCUUGAUCUGACUCAGUGUCAUCGUUGUUCCCCCCACACAAUGUAGGAGUCUUUUCUUAUGAUUAAAUUGGGUAGAACUUUGAGGGAAUUUAUUUGACAAUGAGAAACCUUGAUGAGAUGUGCAACAAGUCCCUACCUGUGACCUGUGGUUUUGUUAUGAAGGUCUUUAUGAACAUUACAGGAUAAUGCCUUAUUAUAAAUAUUACUGGAUAAUAACUUAUUAUCGCUGUCAUGACACAACAUGGUAAGUGAUUUUAUGUUGUCUUCCUUUCUGUUGUUAGUGUUCCACAUGAAGAAGAAACUAUCAUGCAACUUCAGUACUUCCUAAACUUGAUCAGUGUAGGCUGGUUUUGGUUUUGGUUUUGUUUUGUUUUAAGAGGAGGGUAUGUACUCUACAGGAUUAUGAUGUGACUUUAGUCUUUCUGAGUUUGGGUGGAAGGAAGCAUGUUUAAAUAUGUGGCUUUCAGAAAAGUUUUUUAUGUCUGAAAUUAAAGAAGCUAUAUAGAUACUUCUGGGAUAUGUAGAAAAUGAUAUUUCAUUUAAGUCAUGGAAAUUUUACUUCUGCAUCUACUCUAUAUAUUUUGUUUCAGAUUUUUUAAAACAAUAAAGAUAUACUUUUCAUUUUAAA